AUGUUCAAGAAAUGGAAGGCAGACAAGUCCAAGCGGGACACGGCGCCGCCGCCGAGCGAGACCGAUUCGGAGUCCUGGAAGGCAGACUACACCCACGUUGAGAGCGCGCCCGCGCCCGAAGACCCGCUCGAUCCCGCGCUCGAGUACGCCGUUGUGGACCCUGCCCAUCCCAACAUGCCCUACGGCGACGGCUCCGACAAGGUGUUUGGCAUGGAGAACUUUGGGUACACGUGCUACAUUGCCUCCAUCCUGCAGACGCUCUACUACACGACCUCGUUCCGCCACCAGAUCUUGGCGUUCCCCGAACGCGAUGCAGCACACCCACGCAAGCGGAAACUUCGAGUCCCCGGCCACAAACCGCACGCGUUUCUUUCCUCGCUGGCCCCCACGCCGUCCACAAACGGCUCUGUGGCCGCCUCGACGCCGGGAUCUAGUGGAUCGACAACUCCGCAGAAUUCCAAGGUCCGCAGUCUGUUCAAGCCCGGCCAGAACCAGUCGGCUCCGUCCACAGCGGGGAGCGCCGACAAGGACCCGAAAACCGACCUCAACAACCCAGAGCUACAGAAUCUGCUCGUUGCAAAAUACCCGGAGUACGCCAACCUCGACAUCAACUAUUCGCUGAACCAGCAGAAAAAUAUCACCGUCGUGGGCGUCACAGACAACCGCGCCGCCACCAGCGAGCAGCGCAAACGGCAGGCGCUGGUGCGCGGGCCGAUCAUCAACCUGGACCACUCGUACGCAGACCAGUACGGCAUGUCGGAGACGAUAUUCACCGCUCUCAAGGACGUUUUCGAGUGCGUCACCGAGAACGUGUCGAAAGUGGGGAUUGUCUCUGCGCAGCAGCUGGUGGAGGUGGUGAAGAAGGAGAACGAGAUGUUCCGCAGCUCGAUGCACCAGGACGCGCACGAAUUUUUAAAUUUCCUCGUCAACAACGUGAUCGAGGCUCUAGACAAUUACUGCAACGCUGUCGGCACGGAAACGGAUAUCCACCGUCUUUUCGAGGGUCUGCUCACGAGCGAGACGAAGUGUCUCUCGUGCGAGACGGUUUCCACCCGCGACGAGCUGUUUCUCGACCUUUCCAUCGACCUGCAACCAAACACGUCGAUAACGCACUGCCUAAAAAUGUUCUCGCAGAGCGAGAUGCUCACCGAGUCCAACAAGUUCUACUGCGAGUCGUGCCACUCGCUGCAGGAGGCCGCCAAAACCAUAAAGCUGAAGAAGCUGCCCAAGAUCCUCGCGCUGCACCUGAAACGGUUCAAGUACGCCGAGGAGCUGGGCAGAAACGUCAAGCUCUUCUACCGCGUCGAGUACACGAAAACGCUGCGCAUCUUCAACACGACAGAGGGCUCUGCCUACGCCGACAAGAUGUACGAGCUGUACGCGGUCGUGGUGCACAUCGGCGGCGGCCCGUCGCACGGCCAUUACGUCGCGAUCGUGAAGACCGACCGGUUUGGGUGGCUUCUUUUCGACGACGAGACGGUCGAGUGCGUGGACGAGAACUUCGUGUACCGCUUUUUUGGCGACGGGCCGGGCCUCGCGACGGCGUACCUGCUGUUCUACCGCGAGGUCGAGAACGAGGACGAGUUUCUCGACCGCCUGCUGUACAACGGCCUGGCUACCUCGGAGAACGAGGAGCUCGACACCAGCGCGUACCACAGAGAGUCCGUGCCGGAGGUGGCGGCGGAGAGCGAGACGAACGGCGACGCGGCGCCGGAGAAGGAGAAGCCCGACAAACAGGACAGGAGGAAGCGGGUGUUUGGGUUCAAGCUCGGCAAGGGCUGA